CUGCUGCGCAUGCGCAGGCGGGCCGGGCCGAGUCUCCUUUGCGGCCUCCGGCGCCGCGGCCGCAUCCCGUGGAUUUGAGUCUCGUGCUUUCUUCCUUCGCUCGCUGGCGGGUUCGCGCCUCUUCCACGUCCUCCGGCAGCGAGGCUGGGGAAGGGGUUGGAGGGGGCUGUUGACCGCUGCCUUUAAGGUGUGCUCGGCGCGGCCAUGUCGGCCGGCGAGGUCGAGCGUCUAGUGUCGGAGCUGAGCGGCGGGACCGGAGGGGAUGAGGAGGAAGAGUGGCUCUAUGGCGGCCCAUGGGACGUGCAUGUGCACAGUGAUUUGGCAAAGGACCUAGAUGAAAAUGAAGUUGAAAGACCAGAAGAAGAAAAUACCAGUGCCAAUAAUCCUCCAUCUGGAAAUGAAGAUGAAACUGCUGAGAAUGGAUUACCUAAACCGAAAGUGACUGAGACUGAAGAUGAUAGUGAUAGUGACAGUGAUGAUGAUGAGGAUGAUGUUCAUGUCACUAUAGGAGACAUUAAAACCGGAGCACCACAGUAUGGGAGUUAUGGUACAGCACCUGUAAAUCUUAACAUCAAGACAGGAGGUAGAGUUUAUGGAACUACAGGAACAAAAGUCAAAGGAGUAGACCUUGAUGCACCUGGAAGCAUUAAUGGAGUUCCACUCUCGGAGGUAGAUUUGGAUUCUUUUGAAGAUAAGCCGUGGCGUAAACCUGGUGCUGAUCUUUCUGAUUAUUUUAAUUACGGGUUUAAUGAAGAUACCUGGAAAGCUUACUGUGAAAAACAAAAGAGGAUACGAAUGGGACUUGAAGUUAUACCAGUUACCUCUACUACAAAUAAAAUUACGGCCGAAGACUGUACUAUGGAAGUUGCACCAGGUGCAGAGAUCCAAGAUGGCAGAUUCAAUCUUUUUAAGGUACAGCAGGGAAGAACUGGAAAUUCAGAAAAGGAAGCAGCACUUCCAUCUACAAAAGCUGAGUUUACUUCUCCUCCUUCUUUGUUCAAGAGUGGACUCCCACCAAGCAGAAACAGCACCUCUUCUCAGUCUCAGACAAGUUCUGCCUCCAGAAAAGCCAAUUCAAGCGUUGGGAAGUGGCAGGAUCGAUAUGGGAGGGCCGAAUCACCUGAUCUAAGGAGGUUACCUGGAUCAAUUGAUGUUAUUGGUCAGACAAUAACCAUCAGCCGAGUUGAAGGAAGGCGACGGGCAAAUGAAAACAGCAACAUACAGGUCCUUUCUGAAAGAUCUGCUACUGAAGUAGACAACAAUUUUAGCAAACCACCUCCAUUUUUCCCUCCAGGAGCUCCUCCCACCCAUCUUCCACCUCCUCCAUUUCUUCCACCUCCUCCAACUGUCAGCACUGCUCCACCUCUGAUUCCACCACCAGGUAUUCCAAUAACUGUACCACCUCCAGGUUUUCCUCCUCCACCAGGUGCUCCACCUCCAUCUCUUAUACCAACAAUAGAAAGUGGACAUUCCUCUGGUUAUGAUAGUCGUUCUGCACGUGCUUUUCCUUAUGGCAAUGUUGCCUUUCCCCACCUUCCUGGUUCUACUCCUUCAUGGCCUAGUCUUGUGGACACCAGCAAGCAAUGGGACUAUUAUUCAAGGAGAGAGAAGGACCGAGACAGAGACCGAGACCGAGACAGGGACCGAGACCGAGAUCGUGAUCGAGACAGAGAGAGAGAGCGCACCAGAGAGCGGGAGCGAGAGCGUGAUCACAGUCCCACACCAAGUGUUUUCAACAGUGACGAAGAACGAUACAGAUAUAGGGAGUAUGCAGAAAGAGGCUACGAGCGUCAUAGAGCAAGUCGAGAGAAAGAAGAACGACAUAGAGAAAGACGACACAGAGAGAAAGAGGAAACCAGACACAAGUCAUCUCGAAGUAAUAGUAGACGUCGCCAUGAAAGUGAAGAAGGAGACAGUCACAGGAGACACAAGCACAAAAAAUCAAAAAGAAGCAAAGAAGGAAAAGAAGCUGGCAGUGAGCCUGCCCCUGAACAGGAGAGCACCGAGGCUGCACCUGCAGAAUAGGCCUGGUAUAACCUUUUGUGUAUAUUAGUCCCAGAAAUAGAUACCACAAAUCUUGUUUAUUUUUCUGGAUAAUGUUUAAGAAAUUUACCUUUAAUCUUCUGUUAGUAUAAAAGCUUUUUUCCCAAAAUAAAAGCGAAUUUUUCAUGUUAAGUUAAAAAUCUUUGUUUUGUAAUAUUUAAAAAAUAAGAUUGCAAUGAUUUUAUAUCCAAGAAAGUAUGUAAAUGAGUCACUCAUCAGGGAAUUUAAAGAACUGCGUUUAGCUGUGUACAUACCAGUAUCUGAUAAAGGUCAGGGUUCCACCUUGGCUAACAUUUCCUUGAGUUAAUCAAAUAUUAGUCUCUCAAGAUGUUUCUCUGCAAAAGGCAUCAAAGGGCACCCCUGAAUCUUGAGAGUAGUCUUUUAUCAAUACUGCUGUGGCACUGUUGCUUAGCAUAUUAAAGAACUCAUACAGUUUUGAUACAACUUUUUGAUAGCAGAUUUUCAGUGUUCUAAAUUGGGUUCAUGGUGAAAUUGAAUGGGGAACUUUUAUAUGUAAAAGAAUGAAUCUAAUGGUAUUUGGGAGGUCUCUGAAGUAACAUAAUUGUAGUUUCUAGCAGGCACUGGACACUCAUUACAAUUUUGAAUUCCCUCAUGGCCAUCUAUCUGAGGCUGGUUUGGCUUUUCUUGAUUUUCCCAAGGCUCAUUGGUUGAACAGCAUGCAGAUUUUUUUAGAUUGUGAAUAAAAAAAUAAGUGACAAGAGCUUUAGUUAUUUCCUAUUAAAUCUAAGAAAAAAACAAGUUUAUAAUUCUGAGUAAAUAGUCAUAAUAGAAAUGAAUUUAGUAUCACAAACUUAAAGACAACUAUAAUAUUUUAAAAAAUAUUUAUUUCUUAUUUGAUGAAAGGAACAUUUUUCAGUAAUGCACUUUUAAAAUCAUUUGGCUGUAAGUUAUUUUUAAAAUACUCAAAUUUUUAAUUUAAUUUUAUGGUUCGAAGUCAUUUGAGGGCAUACAAACCAUUUCAACUGUUUAAGAGCUUUUUAUUAAAUAGAAAAAUAUAAACGUAAACGUAGAGUGAUGCAAAAUCCUCCACACUGAAUAAAAACUAUUAGUAAUGUUUGUUUUGAGAAUUAUAUUUUCUGAGGUGUAAUUGGCUUUCAUUAGAUCAUAAUUUUGCUGAUACUGAAGUUCACAUUUUUAUAAUGUAUCCAUUAAAUACAAAAAUUGACAAGAUAAAUAUAAUGUUUCAACUUUGCGAUUUUCUGUGACCCAUCAAUUCUAUAAAAAAGUGCCAGGCCAAGAAACAAUAGUGAGAGUGAUUUUCCCUUUAAGUUCUUUUAGCAUCCUUGCCAAGCAAGCAUGUAUCAUUCCUGAAGUACUUCUACCAUUGACAGCAAGAAGAAUGUCACCACAUCUAAAAAAAUAAAACAAGGUAUAUGAUUAAUAUUUUGAUCCAUAGCUGAAGUUAAUUCAAGUUUAAUUGGAGGUCCUAAUUUUUGCUAUAUCUGUCAAUUUUAAUUAUAUUACUUCUCCCUUCCUCACUUCUGCAAACUCUAAAAUCAGCUUACGUUAGAAGGGAUUCAUAAGCAAGUUGCUAUACGGGACCAAGUAACUAAUCAUUUUGGAUUUCUUAGAAAUUGCAUGCUACAUAAAUGUGUUUAAUUUCUCACCAAUAUGAAAGGUAUAAUAAAUAAAUGCCUUUUUUUCAAGAAGGGCCAUGCUUUUUUAUGCAUAAAAAUGCAUAAAACAAAAUAUUUGAAUAUAAAUUUUUUGUUAAAAUAGUUGUUAUUGUUACCUAAUUCUUCCAUCAUUAUAUGCUGGUGUUCCUUCAACAAUGGAUUUGAUAAAAAAAGGUUUGUUCCCAUUGUAUUCUUCAUAACCUCCUACAAUGCAGAAGCCCAGACUUCCAGCUGUGCUUCUUCGUAAUACAACAUCUUUGCAGUUGUACAGGUACCUGCAAUAGAAUGUAAUUAAUAUAUAAGCAGUUAAGUUGAACUCAGUUAAUAAUUACUGUGAUUUAUCUUCCAUUUUCUUUUUUGACUUUAUUUUUUAGAAUCAAUAGCACUAUUCAUUCUAAAAUUGACCUUUGUGCUGUUUGCUUGCUUUUUCUUCCAUCGUUAAACACACUUUAAAAAAUGACACCAUCUAUUUAUGUUUUGUUUAUAUGUCUACUGGGAAAGAUAAUUGAUUUAAUGCCUUAAUUAAAAAGUUGGAUAUGCAUAAAUCCUUAUUGGUGAACCAAAUUCAAGCAUACUUGUAGAUUAAAAAAAAAAAGUUUUUUUUUAAUUGAUCUCAGAGAGAGAGGGAGAAACAUCAGUCAGUUUCCAGCUGCACGCUUCCUCACUGGGAAUUGAACCCACAACCUGGGUAUGUACCUGACUGGGAAUCCAACCCCACCACCUUCUGGUGUACAGGACAAUGCUCCAACGAACUGAGCCACAAGGCAAAAGUCUUUGAAUAAAUUAUUCUCAAUUAAAAAAAUUCAAACUUACCCUAAUUAAUGCAUUUGUUGAAAUUUGGACUUUUGAAAAAUACUAGUUUAUAUGUAUGUAGUUCUACAUGUUUAAUAAAGAUUAGAGACAUUUUAAGAAGGCACAAAAUGAAUGGAAAUUGUAUAUUUAAAGAUUAUAAGAAUGAUUCAUAAUGGAGGAUAGAAAACUGGCAGUAAAUGGAAUAGCAAGUAAUAAAAGGAAUGGGAAAAGGGAAGGACAGACCAGAGGUCUUCUAUUAAUGAGUAGAAUUUUUCAGCUAAAUUAGAAAUAUAGAUUGAAGAAAUGAUUUCUUUUACUAUUCUGUGGUAGUUGGAUGAUUGUUAACAUAAGUGCAGGCUAAAGUGCAAACUGUAUUACAGUUAGGAUAGAAGGUCUAUGUCAGGAGCUGAAUUUGACUCUAAAAAUCCCUGAGUCCAGAAACUGGUUUGAAAGAAAAUAAACAUUUUCAUGUUGACCAAAAAGAAAAAAAACAAGAUAUUGGUUUGUUUAUAAGCUGUACCUUAAAAUAUUAACUGCUUUUUGAAAAAUCAAUAAAAAGUCUCGUGAAAUGUUUUAAGUGA